AUGGAUGUGGCGGCGGCUAUUCCAGGUAGCAAACUUCACCUUGUUGAGGGAAUGGGACACGUCCUCCUUCCCGCCCUCCGCAGCCAAUACGUGCGUUGGAUUAUGGAAAACAUCCGUGCAGGCGAAGAGGCAGCGGCGAGAAAGGUAACGGACAGUGAGGGAUCACAGAGACAUGAAGAUAGCGCUUCAUCGCGGGAUUUACUGCAUAAAACAGGGGAGAAUGCACUUUCAGAGGCAAAAGAAUCCUACACUAAGACAAAUUCGAAGCUUUAG